UGCAGGCACACCACUGCACUCAAGGAAAGAAAUAUAAGUAUAGCAUAGUAUAAAUAUGAUAUUUAUGCUUAAAAUUGAGUAAACAAUGUAAAAUCAGGCAUGAUUUCAGCUUCACCGAGAGAAACACGACUUAAAGCUAUGCAAAGUCAGGCCCGCCCUGGGUCUGACGCCAGAGAGCAGACGUCACAGCAGCUGGGAAACGUGACCUGUCUGUCAAUGACUGACAGCGCGAAGUGAACGUUCCUGUUCUGGAGUUCAAAUUCAGUCAGUUGUUUUUGUCGGAGCAGGAAGCAGCCGCGUGCCCGGGCGAACUACAGGCCUGAGCGGGCUACAGAUACCAGACCCUCGCGUUGUCUUCAUUUCAAGACAUCGGGAAUCUUCUGUCACUUCACUGUCAUCCGCUGCCAUUCCAUCGGAGAGAAAAUGGCGGCAGACCAAACGUUAAAGACGGUCACAAGCGAGCCUGACUUCCUGCAGUUCAACGACCUGGCCUGCGAGAUGGCCGGAGGAAAGGUGAUUUUCGCCACAGAUGAAUGGUUUGCCCCAGCACAAAAUCUCUUGAAGAGGGAGCCUGCAGAGUUCAUUGCCACUGCCUUCACGGAGUACGGCAAAUGGAUGGAUGGAUGGGAGACCAGGAGAAAACGAAUUCCAGGCCAUGACUGGUGCAUCGUUCAGCUGGGAGUACCAGGCCUUAUACACGGGGUCGACGUCGACACCUCCUUCUUCACGGGCAACUACGCCCCCUCCGUCUCCAUUCAGGCGGCGUGCCUCAGAACAGCAGAUGAGAUCCCUUCCCUGGUACAGGAAGGAGACCGCAUGGGCAAGGCAGCUGCGGAAACGGAGUUUGAGGCUGUUGCAGAGCUGCACUCAGAGACCUGGGCGGAGUUAGUUCCAGUGACAGAGCUAAAGCCUGGCUAUCCAGACUCCUGUCACAACUACUUCCCUGUUACCUUCGCUCACAGGGUAACUCACAUUCGCCUCAAUAUGUACCCAGAUGGAGGGAUUGCUCGCCUACGGGUCUAUGGCAUUGGGCAGAAAGACUGGUCCGUGGGCCACAGCUCAGACCUCGUGGAUCUGGUUGCUCUGGUCAAUGGUGGGGUGUGCCAGGGAUACAGCGAUGCUCACUACGGGCACCCACGAAACAUGAUAGGACUGGGGAGGGCACCUAACAUGGGGGACGGGUGGGAGACAGCCAGGCGGCUGGACAGGCCCAAAGUGCUGGAGACAGACGAGAAGGGCAUACUUCAGGUGCCGGGCAGUGAAUGGGCAGUUUUCAGACUGGGCCACCCGGGGGUUAUCUGCAACAUUGAGAUAGACACCAACCACUUCAAAGGGAACUUUCCAGAUUCCUGUAAAAUUGAAGCAUGCAGUUUGACUGCAGAGGAAGAAGAACAAUACUUAAGCGCAAGGUGGGCCAGUGAUGAGAGAGGGAAGUGGAAGAUUCUUCUGCCUCCCCAGAAGCUGAAACCCCAUCACACACACCUGUUCUCUGAGGAGACGCUGGAGCAGACGGAAGUGGUCACUCACGUCCGCUUGGUAAUCGCCCCUGAUGGAGGGGUCAGCAGGCUGCGUCUCUGGGGUCGCCCCAAAGCCACCCCCUCUUCAGACGCUCAGAAAUUAACCUCUAAACUGUGACGCCCCAGUACUGCGCCUAUCUCAGUAACAGCCAAUGACCACUGAAAGUCAACAUCAUCGAAUUGUUCUUAAUGUCUGUGGAACAGGCUGCUCUCUGACUGUUGACUUGCUGUGUAAGUAUCAACCUGAAAAAUAAACCGUGGAUUACACAAGCUUGAUUGAACGCUAGGACAUAGCAAGUGUACCUGUCUGCUUUGUUAUCUACAAAACUUUUCACAGAGUUUUUUGAAAUUGUGACUGGUAAUAUUUGCUAUUUGUUAAUGUGUAAAAAAAAAACAUAUUUGUUCAACUGUGUCAAACUUACUUGUAUAGAAUCCCCAUACAGGAUAUAUGCCAGUCUACAGGCACUUUUGUGGAUGUGCCAAAAGCAGACCCAAAGUAUAAGAGGAGACCUGUGGACAUUUUAAAGAGCAGAGAAUCUACUCAGCUUUGUCUCAAGGCUCCACCGAUACAGUGAGGACAUGAUUUGGUUCACCUGAGCACUGGGUUCAUUUCGAAACAUAGGACAAACCUUAUCAGAUCUAAUCACUGAUAUUGGGUCUGAGCGUGAGUGCUUGUCAUUGUGUAAGUGCAUGUUGUGCACCAGUAGCCAGUGAUGUUUUCCUAGUACUCGAGGAGCCAAAUGAUUGGGAAGGACCCAGAGUCCCAGGGCACUCAGACAGGUGUAUUUCUUCAUAUCGAGACUGCAUUGUAUAAUUCUGAGAAUGCAUUAGAGGUAGGCACCAUUCAAUUUCUCCAGAGUCCGAGACGGAGAUGUACUAGUUUCUAGCUAAUCCACAAGUAUGUCCUUGUUUCCUCUUACGAAACUAGUAAGACCACAGUCCUUCUCAAUGCUUUGGAACAGCUGCCAAAACCCGCUCUCCAGAUUUUGUUUUCAAUUCAUCUGUCAGUCGUUUCCGACGCACAAUGAAUCUCAACCACCAAUUAGACGUGCGCGCGAGCGCAAAGCGUUGAUCGCUUUCAGAAAUCAGCCGUGGGUGUCCUUGACCAAAAAAAAACCACACGGGGGACAUCAUCUCGCAAGCAUCCUUCGUUCCGCUCGCAAUGGGCCCAUCUGUACCGUGAUUAAUUACAGAGGCUGAUUCUCACUCGGGCUUGUCCGACGUCACGCCGCCGUCUCCGGUCCACGGCAGACCCGCGUGGACGAACGCGCGCUCUCUACGCGCGCGUGGCUCGAGGCGGCAAAAAAUGCAGAGUCGGCUCUUUGGUUUGAGGGAAAGGUUAACGCGAGAUGUCUGACGUCUGUUUAUAACCAUGACAAAUUAUGGCUUUACGUUUGCCAGUGAUUUAUUGAGUAGGAAAAGCUUGCCCCCCCCCCCUCAACCACCCUCCCUGGUGUCACUUUCCAAGUUAAUUGAUCACGCCUCAUCAACUCGGUUGAAAUGUGAAAUAAUUUAAUGGGCAAAUGGGGAUAAUUUUGGUAGGAUGUAGGUGGCAAUUGACAUUCAAAGCAAUCAUGAAUCUGUAUAUUAUGUUUAUUAGAUUUUGUGCUACUUUAUAGCCAAACCUGCAAUUCACAAAAUGCCACUUUACAGAAAUUCUUUUGUUUUGCUGGCCUCUUAAAACUGAAUUUUAUCCUUGCCAUAAAUAUUUAGGGCUACAUGUUUUUCUAUUCACGUUAGACAAGAUUAUAUUCAUUAUUAUUCAUGGAUGUCAAUUUAAUUGAGCUGGGAACUGAAAUGUGACAUAAAAAUGCUCAGGAUAGUUUGCUUGGAUGCUGUUUCUAUUUUGAGCCUUUUUAUAAUUGCUGUAUUAAAAAUAAAAUGAUUUCCCACCUA